AUGUCUUUCGAAAAGGCCAUCGCCGACUCCAAGAAGCUCACCUCCAAGCCCUCCAACGAGGAGCUGCUGGACCUCUACGCCCUCUUCAAGAUCGCAAACGGCGAGGACAUCUCCAAGGCCCCUGCGCCCGGCAUGUUCGACCUGAAGGGCAAGGCGAAGAAGAACGCCUGGCAGAAGAAGGUCGACGAGGACGUCACCCAGGAGCAGGCCAAGGAGCAGUACGUCGCGCUCGUCGAGAAGCUCAAGGCCCAGUACGGAUACGACGAGAACAAGGAGCCAGAGGCCGUUGGCAACUAA